AUGGCCGAAAGCGCACUCGACUUGGGACAACUGUCCUCUACUCAGCAAGAAGCUCUUAAUCAAUACACACAAGUCACCAACCAAGAGAUCACCGAAGCUAUUCCGCUACUCCGGCGGUCAGAAUGGAAUGUCCAGAUCGCAAUUGCUAAGUUCUUCGAUGGCGAAACGGCCGACCCAGUAGCUCAAGCACAACAAGAGAUACCGCGAGAGGCAGCACGACAUGAAAACCUACAAGAAAGUCUAUUUACCGCGGCAGCUCGUCCCCCUCGAGCUUCGCCUCGUCAUCGCACCGAUCUUGCUCCAAGAAUUGUACCCCAAAACCCUGUGACGAACCGAACACCAUGGCUUCUGGGGCUACUUCUUACACCUUUUAGUUUCGGAUGGAGAGCAGCCUCGAGCCUAUUCAGGACAUUGAUCUAUGCAUUGUCCUUUUUGCCCGCAUCGAUUCGACCCCGUUCAGUCACGAGCAGAAUAUCGACUGGAUUCAGGGGCACAAAUGGUCGCCGGCCCCUUAUGCCCCGAGACACAGCGUCACGAUUCAAGCGAGAAUUUGAGGAAGAAUAUGGAGAGAGCGAACUGCCUUUCUAUGAGGGAGGUGUGGCUCAGGCGCAUGACCAAGCCAAAAAGGACCUCAAGUUUAUGCUCGUCGUGCUGAUGUCCCCUGAGCACGACGAUACCGAGUCUUUUGUCAAGGAGACAUUGCUAUCCCCGGAAGUUGUCGCAUUUAUCAAGGAUCCUUCCAAUAACAUUAUCCUGUGGGGUGGUAACGUGUUGGAUUCUGAAGCCUACCAGGUGGCUCAGGAGUAUAUUUGUACCAAGUUCCCUUUCUCGGCACUAGUAUGCCUAACACCGAAGGAGGGCAGCACCCGCAUGGGAAUCGUCAAGCGACUCGUCGGACCUAUGCCCCCCGCCACCUAUCUAUCGGAGCUUCGCGCGGCUAUUGAGAAGUACGGCGCUGAUCUGGAUGGAGUACGAGCAGAGCGAACAGUCCAGGAAAUAACGAGAAAUCUACGGACCGAACAAGACUCAGCCUACGAGCGAUCUCUGGCUAUUGAUAGAGAACGCGCUCGCCAGAAGAAGGAGGCGGCUGCGGCUGCGGCUGAAGCAGAGAAGCGUGCUAUAGACGAAGCAGAGGCGGCCGAAAUACUCGAGGAGAAGCGCAAGCAAUGGAAGGCAUGGAGGGCUACAAUCAUCGUGGCCGAACCAGCCGCAAGCGAUAAGAACGUUGUGCGCGUUGCACUUAAGAUGCCCGAAGAAUCGGGAAUCGGCCGAAUCGUGCGGCGAUUCCCCCAAGACGCCUCCCUAGAAGACAUGUAUGCCUUUGUAGAGUGUUACAGCGUUCUUCAAGAAGAGGGUGCGGCGGGUGGUGACAAACCGGAGGAGUACGAGCACGAGUACAAGUUCCGAAUCGCCUCGAUCCUCCCGAGGCUGGUAUACGAACCUAGUACGUCAGUCACAAUGGGAGAGAAGAUUGGAAAAUCAGGAAAUCUGAUUGUGGAGGACAUAUCGCUGGAUUCGGAGAAUGAGUCGGACGACGAGGAUGAUGACGAAGAAGAGGAGGCGGAGAGUAGUCAGUAG